AUGGCCGACCCUCCUUUGCCUUACGAUGGGUUUAUGACGAUGUCCCUUGAGGACCGUUUUGCCCUCCUCUUUAAGGUGCAGCAAGUCCGGUUUGAUGCCAAUAAAAAGGUUGAUGACCAACUGUCUGCCAUCGAGUCUAAACUCGAACGCCUUACGGCCUCUCUACCCAAACCGCCUGCCACUCCCACUCCCUCUACUCGGCCCCCGCACUCCCAAUCCAUCUGCUCUACUACUACCAAAGCCGCCCUCGAGAAGAUUGUCGCUACCCUGUCUAUUGUGGACAAACAGGCUGGCCACGUCAUAGGGCGUGCGGGAACUGGCUUAUGCCAAAUCCACAACAUCUUGCAUGCAAAGAUCUCGGUCUCCCCUGUUGUCACCUCUGGUUUGCGUGCCGUCACUAUCAGGGGCACCACUCGUGAAGUCGGUGAUGCUCUCUCUGCUAUUGGCAAGCGGAUUGCCCGUCAUUGCAUCCGCAACCCUAGGUCCAAGAAGCCUAAACAGCCUCCUGCUCCCACUGCCGCCCCUCCUACCCUCGUCGUUGAACCUCCUUCUCCUACUCCAACCUCAAGCUCUACCCCAACUACGCGGACAUCCUGUUCCGGGACGGCUUCUCCGCAUUUGCCCACUCCUACGGCUGUUGACACUUGCUCCAGCCCAUCCUUGUCGCUUGCCCCUGGUUCGCCUAUGGAGGUGGACGCUCUCAGGGCUCUGCUACAAUACUCUGACGGUUACUCUCGCCCCGGGCCUGUUCAGCCUAGGGAGGGAAUUCAGACCGCACGUCGUGGCGGUGGACCGCCUUGUGUCUUUGGUGCAAACCGUCCACGGUGA